CAAUUUUUAGAUUGGAAUUAGUAGAAUUCUUAGACAUUCGAUGGUUUUCCUCUCAUAGUUUGGAGUGCUCAAACGUUCAGAAAAUUUAAAUCUAAAGCAAUUUUUUAUGACCAACUUGUCAAGCCUUUCAAACCUUCAGGUUAAAAGUUCAAAUUCCCCUUUUUAUUUCUCAUUUCCAUUGAAAAAAGCACCAAACUUUACUCUUUUCUAUUAGUGGAGCAAAAAAACUCUUUUAAAUUAAUCAACAAGCAACAAACUUUUUGGUAUGUAAUUACAGUCUCAUUAGAGAAAACAGUGGACACAUUGCUGAUUGAUAAUUACAGUCACAACAAAGCAUUCUACUGUUGCAUGGAAGUGUGGCCUACUUCAUCACUACAUUCCAAUCUACAAAUAUUUUUGGAUCAGAUUUGAGUACAUGAUGUAGUAUACUUAACCCAUACUACUCUCCAUUUCUCUUUCUUUAUCUUCUCUUCUACAUCUAUAAAUUCCACAUUUGUUUUCAUUGACAGAGAAACACAAACAAACAACAAACCCAGAAAAGCAGAGGGAAAUUAAGUGUUAGAUAGUGAGAAGAAUGGCUAAAAUCUCAGUUUCUAGACUGAAUAUACUCUUGUUUUUCAGCUCUAUUUUAUAUCUCAAUUUUCAGUUCAUACAUUCUGUUGAUAUUACUUAUGAUAACAAGGGUUUUAUCAUUAAUGGCCAACGCAAAAUCCUCCUUUCUGGUUCCAUUCAUUAUCCCAGAAGUACCCCUGAUAUGUGGGAACAUCUUAUAAGAAAAGCUAAAGUUGGAGGAUUGGAUGUAAUUGACACUUACGUUUUCUGGAAUGGGCAUGAGCCUUCUCCUGGAAAAUAUUAUUUUGAAGACAGAUAUGAUUUAGUGAGGUUCGUUAAGACAGUUCAAGGAAUUGGACUAUAUGUUAAUCUCCGCAUUGGUCCUUAUAUUUGCGGUGAAUGGAAUUUUGGUGGUUUUCCUGUGUGGUUAAAGUAUGUUCCUGGAAUCAGCUUCAGAACAGACAAUGAACCUUUUAAGAAAGCAAUGCAAGGUUUCACUGAGAAAAUUGUUGGCAUGUUGAAAAGUGAGAGAUUAUUUGCAUCUCAGGGUGGUCCUAUAAUCAUGUCUCAGAUUGAGAAUGAGUAUGGGUCUGAGGUUCGGGAAUUUGGGGCUGCUGGAAGAGCAUACAUAAAUUGGGCAGCGCAAAUGGCCUUUGGAUUAAAGACUGGAGUCCCAUGGUUAAUGUGCAAGGAAGAUGAUGCCCCUGAACCAAUGAUAAACACAUGCAAUGGUUUUUACUGUGAUUUUUUCAAACCCAACAAACCAAACAAACCAAAGAUGUGGACUGAGGCUUGGAGUGGAUGGUUCACUGAAUUUGGGGGUCCAGUUCACGAGAGACCAGUGGAAGAUUUGGCUUUUGCAGUUGCUCGUUUCAUACAAAGCGGAGGAUCAUAUGUUAACUAUUACAUGUACCAUGGUGGAACCAACUUUGAGCGCACAGCUGGUGGACCAUUCAUUACAACUAGUUACGAUUAUGAUGCCCCAAUUGAUGAAUAUGGUUUAAUCAGGCAACCUAAAUAUGGGCACUUGAAAGAACUAAAUCGAGCUAUCAAGCUUUCAGAGCUGGCAUUACUCUCUUCAGAACCGAAAAUUACGUCCCUGGGAAGCUAUCAGCAGGCAUAUGUGUUCUCAAGUCCUGGGACUUGCGCAGCUUUCCUCUCCAACUUCCAUUUUACUUCAUCCGCUAGGGUGAAAUUCAACAAUGAGCACUAUGACCUGCCUGCUUGGUCUAUCAGCAUACUUCCUGAUUGCAAACAUGCCAUCUUCAACACUGCUCGGGUUGGAGUUCAGACCUCACAUAUGCAAAUGUUGCCAGCCGGUUCUCACUUUCUGUCAUGGGAGAUGUUUGAUGAAGAUAUUUCUUCUUUGGAGGAGCGUCCAACAAUGACAGCAGAUGGGCUUCUAGAACAGAUUAAUGUCACUAGAGACAACAGUGACUACCUCUGGUACAUGACCAAUGUGCAUAUGAGCCCAUCAGAUUUGCGAGGAGCUCCAAGUCUCCUGGUGGAGUCAGCUGGGCAUGCUCUUCAUGUCUUUGUUAAUGGAAAACUAUCAGGGUCUGCUUUCGGGACUAGGGAAGCUAGGAGAUUUACUUUUAGAGGAACAAUCAAUCUUCAUGCAGGAAUGAACAGGAUUUCUCUGCUAAGUGUGGCUGUUGGUUUACCAAAUGUUGGGCCUCAUUAUGAACAGUGGAAUACUGGAAUUCUUGGUCCAGUGGUGUUGCAUGGCCUUAGCAGUGGGAAGAAAGAUUUAACAUGGCAGAAAUGGUCUUAUCAAGUUGGAUUGAAGGGGGAGAACAUGAAUUUAGCGUCUCCAAAUGAUGCUUCAUCAAAUGAAUGGGUACGCGGUUCACUUGCUGCACAGCGUACUCAACCUCUGACUUGGUAUAAGGCGAACUUUAAUGCUCCUGGAGGGGUUGAACCAUUGGCUCUAGAUAUGCAGAGCAUGGGGAAAGGUGAAAUAUGGAUCAAUGGGCGAAGUAUAGGAAGAUACUGGACCAAUUAUGCAAAGGGUAACUGCGAUUCUUGUUACUACGCUGGAACAUACCGCCAGUCAAAAUGCCAAUCUGGCUGUGGUAGUCCAACUCAAAGAUGGUACCAUGUUCCUAGAGCUUGGUUAAAGACAGGGAAAAAUGUAAUGGUUAUAUUUGAGGAACUUGGUGGGGAUGCGUCAAAAAUAUCUAUGGUGAAGAGAUCAGUGUCACGUGUUUGUGCUGACUCUUUCGAACACCAUCCCAUGGUUGAGAAUUGGCGAUUGGAUUCCAAUGGCGAUGAAGAGAUACUUCACCAGGCCAAGGUUCAUCUGCAGUGUGGGCCAGGACAAUCAAUAUCAUCCAUUCAAUUUGCAAGUUUUGGCACCCCAUUGGGAACCUGUGGAAGUUUCUCCAAGGGAUCCUGCCAUGCUGAAAACAGUCACGCUGUCUUAGAGAAGCUUUGUAUAGGCCAGGACAGAUGUUCGGUAGAUAUAUCAAACUCGAACUUUGGGGGAGAUCCAUGUCGCAACGUGUGGAAACAACUCAAAGUUGAAGCCAUUUGUUCCUAAUCAUGUCUACCCAAAGCAAAUUCAUGAAGGUUUCUAUUGUGUAAAGAGUUCAACACAGCCUGUAUUUAUAUGGUGAAAGCUAAAGAAGAAAGAAUAAUGGUAGAAGAAAAAUAGUGGCAUCUAUUAUCGGUUUAAAAAACACACGCAUUUGUGCAGAAAAUAGCGAGAUGGUUGUGCAGAGUAAUCAUUCCCUUGCCUUUUAAUAGGGAUUUAAGGUGAAGAGGAGGCAAAUCCCAAGUACUACUAUUUAUGUUAUUCAAAGUAGCUAAACUUAAAAUUAUUAUUGUAAUCCAUCCUAAUUGUGCGGUUUAGUAAAUGUGAUUUGAGAGUAUUCAGUUUGAAUUGCUCUUCACACAAAUUACAAAAA